AUGAAACUCGCCGUCUUCAGUGCCAAAGCCUACGAUCGCACCUACUUUGACAAAGUUUCAUCCACACGAUUCGCAGAUCUCUGCACAAUCGACUACCACACAUUCUCCCUCUCUGAAGAGACAGCGCCCCUAGCACACUCCUGCGAUGCAGUCUGCGUCUUCGUCAACGACACCCUCGACGAGCCCGUCCUCCGCGCUCUCCAUGCCGGCGGCGUACGUGCCAUCCUCCUCCGCUGCGCAGGAUUCAACCACGUCGACCUCCUCACGGCCGAAACCCUCGGCCUCUUCGUCGCCAAUGUCCCCGCUUACUCUCCCGAGGCCGUGGCCGAGUUCGCAGUCACUCUGGUACAGACGCUGAACCGCAAAACGCACCGGGCGUAUAACCGCGUGCGAGAGAGUAACUUCAACAUCGAGGGAUUGCUGGGCAUGACGCUGCAUGGGAAGACGGUGGGGAUCGUGGGCGUGGGACGCAUCGGUCUAGCGGCGGCCAAGAUCUUCCGCGGGUUUGGGUGUCGGAUCCUAGCGUAUGAUCCGUAUGCGGGACCCGAGUUCACUUCGGAGCUGGGCACGUUGGUCGAGUUGGAUACGCUGUUACAAGAGAGUCAUGUGGUCAGUUUGCAUUGUCCCUUGACUGAAGGGACGCGACAUCUGAUGAAUGGUACGACGUUGGCGCGGAUGAAGCCCGGGGCGAUGUUGGUGAAUACCUCGCGGGGAGGACUGAUCGAUACCGCGGCCGUGAUCGAGGCCCUCAAGACGCACCAGUUGGGCGGAGUGGCGCUGGAUGUCUACGAAGCAGAAAGCGAGCUCUUUUAUAAUGAUCAUUCGGGCGAGAUUAUCGAGGACGAUGUCUUGAUGCGUUUAUUGACGUUUCCGAAUGUGUUGAUCUGUGGACAUCAGGGAUUCUUCACCCGCGAGGCGUUGACGGAGAUUGCGACUGUCACUUUGUCGAAUUUGUCGGAUUUUGUGGGCGGGCGCUCUUGUGCCAAUUCCUUGGUCACGGAGGGACAUGUCCUGGUCAAGCCCGAUACUGCUCCAGUCAGGCUAUGA